GGGACUUUGUGCUCUAUAGGCCCUCUUUCGGGCGCAACACUGACCCCCGCCCCCCGCAAACCCACCGCCGCGUCCUCGCGUGGCGCCCCCGACUGGGCGGGCCCGGCCCCUGGAGAUGGAAGCGGCCCGCCCUCUCUGCCAGGGAGGGGCCCCGAGGGGAUGACCGCGCGCGGCCUGACCCUCAGUCCACGCUGAGAGGCCCACGGGCGCGUCCGCGGCGCCGAGGAGGGCCUUGCUCGUGCCCGAUCCCGCGCGCGCUCCCGCCGCAGCACCGGCCGCGCCCGCCCCGCCUCUCGGCGCCGGCUUGGGGAGCCAAGUCUGCGAGCGGCCGCGGCGGCCGGAGGGACGAUGAGCGGCGCGGCGCGGGUGGGCCCGGCCCGGCUCGCCGCGCUCGCACUGCUGACCUGCAGCUUGUGGCCGACGCGGGCGGACAACGCAAGCCAGGAAUACUACACGGCGCUCAUCAACGUGACGGUGCAGGAGCCCGGCCGCGGCGCCCCGCUCACGUUCCGCAUCGACCGCGGGCGCUACGGGCUCGACUCGCCCAAGGCCGAGGUUCGCGGCCAGGUGCUGGCACCGCUGCCCAUCCACGGAGUGGCUGAUCAUCUGGGCUGUGACCCUCAAACACGGUUCCUGGUCCCUCCUAAUAUCAAACAGUGGAUUGCCUUGCUGCAGAGGGGAAACUGCACAUUUAAAGAGAAAAUAUCCCGGGCUGCUCUCCACAAUGCAAUCGCUGUAGUCAUCUACAAUAAUAAGUCCAAAGAGGAGCCAGUCACCAUGACCCAUCCAGGCACUGGAGAUAUUAUUGCUGUCAUGAUUACAGAAUUGAGGGGUAAGGAUAUUUUGAGUUAUCUGGAGAAAAACAUCUCGGUACAAAUGACAAUAGCUGUUGGAACUCGAAUGCCACCAAAGAACUUCAGCCGAGGCUCUCUAGUCUUCGUGUCAAUAUCCUUUAUUGUUUUGAUGAUUAUUUCUUCAGCGUGGCUCAUAUUCUACUUCAUUCAGAAGAUCAGGUACACAAAUGCACGCGACAGGAACCAGCGUCGUCUUGGAGAUGCAGCCAAGAAAGCCAUCAGCAAAUUGACAACCAGAACAGUGAAGAAGGGUGAUAAGGAAACAGACCCAGACUUUGAUCAUUGUGCCGUCUGCAUAGAGAGCUAUAAGCAGAACGAUGUCGUCCGGAUUCUGCCCUGCAAGCAUGUUUUCCACAAAUCCUGCGUGGAUCCCUGGCUUAGUGAACAUUGUACCUGCCCUAUGUGCAAACUUAAUAUUUUGAAGGCUCUGGGAAUUGUGCCAAAUUUGCCAUGCACUGAUAACGUAGCAUUUGACAUGGAAAGGCUCACCAGAACCCAGGCAGUGAACAGAAGAUCAGCCCUGGGUGACCUCACGAGCGACAACUCCCUUGGCCUCGAGCCACUUCGGUCUUCGGGGAUCUCGCCUCUUCCUCAGGAUGGGGAGCUCACUCCUAGAUCGGGAGAGAUCAACAUUGCAGUGACAAAAGAAUGGUUUAUUAUUGCCAGUUUUGGCCUCCUCAGCGCCCUCACACUCUGCUACAUGAUCAUCAGAGCCACAGCUAGCUUGAAUGCUCAUGAGUGGUCACUUCUUUCAUCGAAGCUCUUUGUCCCCUCGGAGCCUGGUGUAUGAAAGUGAAUUCUCCACACUUGAACCUUCUUUGGACAUGUAUGAUGAGAACAAAACCUGAUUUUUUUAAAUGGGCUGUUGGGGGUCACCUCUUUUGUGAUUUGAUUUAUGAUCACCUUUCUUAUUUUGUAUUCUUCUGUCAGCGUCCGUUUUGGAAGAAUGGCAGCGCUUUCCAAGCACAGGUUGGGGCACAGGGUUAAAAUGCAGUGUUCCCCCAAGGUGAGGCUUUGAGGACAGCGUUAUUGUCCAGGUGACCUGGUGGCACUGAAACCCACCCAAAGCUGGCCACUGUACAUGGGCUCCAACAACCUUGGCUGUUUGCAGAGAAGAGGCGGGCCGGGGGUUAAUGUUGCAUCGCAAACAUGUCUCUGAAUAAUCACAUGCUGUCUGGGUGACGUUGGGUUUUUAAAUACCUUUGCACUCCCCACUUACUACGCAUACUAAAGCCUGCAGGCGUGCUUCUUACUGACACGACAGCAAUUGCUGCUGCGUGGCCCGCUCUGUGUUUUCCUGUCUCUUAUUCUUUCUGUUAAAGGCCCUCUUCCUAAAGGUUCCUCAGAGUAAGCCUCGCUUUUUGUCCCUCCUCUGAGACUGACCACCCAGAGCACUGCAAUGGGGCUGCAGGAAGACCGAGCAGGAUGGGCAGUCCACAUUGUCAUAGAGCAUGACGUAAGGUGACACGUGCUUAUGUGACCACCAAAACACUGAAGGCCCUGUCUCUGAGGCCUGUGGAUUUGUCUGCUUGGCAACUGCCAAGGUGUAUGGGACAUGGCUCCCGGGAGGCCAGCCUGGCAAUGAUCUUGGGGUGAUGGCCAGUAGGUGUCAACGUCAGAACGGUUCUAAGUGGUUUCUUGAGAAAAUCAAACCUCCUCCUUGCUGUUAAGACACCAGAUAAGCACCUCUUCAGUCUUCACUGGUCUAACCCAGUCCCCUCCGGCCAGCUGGGCAUCAGCAUGAAGAAGGCACAGGAGCUCCCAGAAAAGACGCGGAGGCCAGCACAGCGCACAUCCGAGACACACGCGCUCUUCCCACACAUCUGGGAUGACAUCAGGUUAACAUCCCGAGAAAUGUGUAUCUUAAGAGUAAUCCCGACACGGAACCAUGAGGAUCAAAUUUAUCAAACAAAUCUAGGCGUCCUUUUUGGGGAAGGACUCACCAUAGCUCAGCCUGUUUCUCCUGUGGACUUGAGCCACGCAGAGGUGUGAAUGUGCUCAGACCUGCAGGUCCUUGUUAUGAGAGUGGGAAGUUCAGCCUCCAUGAGCUUAGAGUCAGACCCAGCAGCAAACCACGCAGACCCGUGGACCCCCUAUGCUGCUGUUUUUACUGACUGUGGAACAGAAGUUUGAGGGGAGC